AUGGGGGCGAGGAAUUCAAAGCCGGCGAAGGGCAGGGAGACGCAGCCGCUGCCGCGCGGGCGGCCCACCUCACCGGAUGCCGGCGGCGCUGGCGGCGUGCCGUCAACAUCGGUGGCGGCUGCCAGUGCCUCCAUUCCGACGCUGCGGCCUCCCCCGCUGGUCAUGGGCGCCGGCAGGCUCAACAAGCGGUCUCAGGACGCCAGUGAACCCACUCGCGACGGGGCGCGGGAGAAUGAGUUCCGUGGGAUCGGCAGCAAAGGCGCCACGGAGGCUUCGUUUGCGGUGUCGGAGUGGUCGUGCAGCGCGGCCGACAGGGGGCAGCAGCGCCUCUCGCCCAAAAUGUCGAUUCACCCCUUGUCGCCAAUUCCAACGUACAACAGUGACCUCUCGGCGGCGACGCCGUCCACCCCAAUGUUGCGUUCGUACCGCAUGCACUCUUUUUCCUUGCAGGAGAGCACCCAACUGAGCCCCUCCUCCCCUAGCCCGUCAUCGCCGCCCAUUCACACCCGUUUCUUGGAAAUUAACGGACACCCAACCGGGUUAGAGAACUACGGCAACACUUGCUACUGCAACGCCGUUCUACAGCUGCUCUAUCACUGCUCCCCGCUGCGGCUGCGGCUGCUGGAGCUGAAUCAGAUGUACGAAAAGGGGCAGGGGCACACUGGUUUUGAGGGAGGCACUCUACUUGCACUUGUGGCGGAUCUCUUCGCGAAGCUGCACAAGGCCAAUAAUCACAAGAAGCAAAAGAGGGAAGUCGUUGCGCCCCGGGCGCUGUUGUCCUGCAUACGAAGGCAAAAUGCGACGUUUAACAACACCCUCCAGCACGAUGCCCAUGAGUUUGCCAUUUUUUUGUUGUCUAGCAUGAUCGAAACGGAGACACGCAUGAUGGAGGAUGAGAAGAAUCGUGCCCUCUUUUUUGGUACCAAAAGCAGCAAGCGACGCAAGUGGUCGAGUGUGCUGCGUCGGGGCCGCAAGCCGGGUAGCCCCACAGGAUCGCUGGGCCUGCUGGAACUGCGAGAAGAGGAUGUGGAGCUCCCGCCCGCCCUCCGCGAAGGAAGUCGUUUGCCGCUGCCAGGAACCUCGGCAAGAAGCGGGGAUGCGUUUGACGUGGGUAGUGUGCCGGGUUCCACGGGGGCGACGGCAACGGGCGCCGACGCCGGUCGCGGCACGGCGUCACCCCUGCAGGUGAUCUUUGGCGGCCAGUUCGCCUCACUGACAGCGUGCUUGGAGUGUGAGCGGGUGACGACGGUGCGGGAGGCCUUCGUCGACAUCGGCCUCGACGUUGAGCAGGGCUCCUCGCUGCUGCACUGCAUGGCGAACUUUGCCUCGGCGGAGCUGUUCCAUGGGACAAACAAGCUCUACUGUGACCAUUGCCGGAAGCGGGUGGUCGCGCAGAAGCUGCUUCGCGUGCAUCGUCUGCCGGAGUACGCCCUGCUGUUGCACCUCAAGCGGUUUGAGUACAACGAGAAGCAGGGGUGUAUGACGAAGCGUAGCGAUCACGUCGCCAUCCCGCAGGAGAUGGAAGUGGUGGAGUACGAGCCGUGGGGGACCGACGACAACGACAGCACGCACGCCAACUCUGCGGGAGAGUCUCGCCCCGUGCGGUCCCCGUGCUCCCCUUCCGGGGCCGUGGACGCACCUGCAGACGCGGCAUGUGACGCCACCGGGGGCGUCCCGCGCCCGUCCCCGCAGCUGAUGAAGAAGUUGGAGGGGGUGGCGCACCGCAAGGGACGCUUCGCACUGAGCGGCUUCGUCACGCACGUGGGGGACGGCCCCACGCUUGGCCACUACUUCACCUGCGUGCGGAGCGGGGGGCGCUGGUUCCUCUUCAACGACACCGUAGUGUCGGAGCUGACGGAGUAUGAGGUGCAGCAGUUCUGGGGGGUGCCCAUCCCCGUCAGCGGGGUGGUUACGGCGACGGCGUACAUCCUCCUCUACGAGCGGGUCGCGUGA